AUGUUGCUUAUUCCCCCAGAUCCCCAGAUCACUAGCCGUAGGUUCAGUCCACCGCUCCAUGGUAAGACCAGAGAUGGGACAGUGGGAGUGACAGCUCAGCAUGAGGACAGUGGCCCCCGGAGUACAGGGGACAUUCCUGCUGAGUUCAGGCCCACCGACAGCCCCAACUUUCUGGUGUCAAGCCUCCCCGCACACUGGCGUUGCAACAAGACUCUGCCACGUGCCUUCACGGUGGUUGCCCUGGGGGAUGUAAGUGACGGUGUUCUAGUCACGGUGAUGGCAGGGAAUGAUGAUAACUGUUCAGCUGAGCUACGGAACGCCACCACGCUGAUGACAUCACACACAGCACGCUUCAAUGACCUCCGCUUUGUAGGACGCAGUGGGAGAGGUCACAGGCAGAAGAUGGAGGUUGGUCCAAAAACAGGGCUUUUCAGGGUUGCCAUGCCAAUGCAGAGUCUCCGCCCCCUCAACAACAUCACCAACCCUCCAACAAGAGGUGUGUGUGAGCUGGCUGCUGGGUUUGAUCGCCCGUUUCCCCCCCUUUCCUCAUUCUCGUCCACUCCCAGAAUGCACUUCUCCUCCUUCCCCUACUCCGUCACCCCCCCUCCACCCCCGUACCUCCCCCCACCUUUCCCCACUCUCCCCCCCCACUCCCACAGUGGACUCUUCCAGCCCAGCAGCAGCCCCAUCCUCUACUAUGGAGCCUCUGCCGGGACCAACCACUACAUCUCACUGCCAGAGGGGGACAGGACAAACCACUUUACCUCUGGGCCGGGAGAAGACCAGGCCCCCACUGCCAGGCUGGCCAACCAAACAGAGGGUAGGGGGGAGGAGCCUGUGUGGAGGCCAUAUUGA